AAAGAAAAAACUCAAAAAUCAGAGACUACAAAAAUUAAUUUUAGCUCCAAUAACCCAUAUAGGAAUGAUAUGGAAGAAGAAAAAACCCAAAAACCAGAGAACACGGAAAAUAGCUUCAGUCAAGAUAACCCAUACAAGAAUGAUAUGGAAGAA